AUGAUUCAGGUGGUGGAGCGCCAGAACAGCUCCAGAGAGACACAUCCUAGAACUUACCCUCAGUGUCAAGUGACAGUGCCGGGUUCAUCUUUGCCUCUUUACUGGCUCUUUCCUGUGGGCCUUCUAGCUUAUGGUUUCUUUGUCCUGCCUCUUCCUCCCUACGUGACAGCGCUCAGCCGCCAAAAGGAACUGGGUCUUACUAGCAAACUCAGUGCCGUGAAUGACAAUCCACUGGACGGAGAGCUCGCAAAUCUACACAACCUACAGGGCUGGAUGAAUGAGACCCACAGCUAUGACCCUGAGACUUUCCACCCCUCCAUCACACACUCUGUCUAUGUUACACUGGAAGGCAGCCGGCUGCAACUAGCAUACCCACGUGCCAACAUCGCCCGGUGGGCUUCUUUCGACGAGACACCCCACAAAGCCGUUUUUCUGCGUUCACGCACUUACCAGCUGGCUAACUGUAAGGUGUCUCUGGUGCCUCCUGGUUUGGCUCGUAAGAGGGUGUGGAACAGGAAGUACCCAAUCUGCAUCACUCUGGCUGAGGGGGAGGUAGGGGAGGAAAGCGUGGUUGAAGGGCAGGAAACCGAAGAAGAAAGGGAAGAGAAAAACACAGAUCCCCACCAGCAGUUUCCCGUCACCCUCUACCUGUUUGGUCGCACUGGAAGAGAGAAGGAGGAGUGGUUCCAGCAUUUUGUGUCAGCCUCUAGAGCCUUAGCCCAGACCAGUGUAAGAGAUGAAGGAAACACAGAAACACUAAGCAGUGGAGAGACCAUUAAAGAAAGCACAGAGGAGCUGCCUGAUUUCCCAGGAGCAAUGAAAGCAAAAACCCUAUUGGACUACAGCUCCUACAUGACUCAGCUAAUGGGCUCAGAAAGUUGCAAUCCCACCCCCAGCCCCUGCCACAGUGACAAGGGAAGCCCCUCGACUUGCAAAAAGAUUGACGCCAAAGAGCAUGGUUCUGGAGGUCAGGGUGGAGCUGAGGCUGAUGCAGGUACUGGGCCGGGGGAAUGCUCUGCAGAGAGUGAGCCCACCUGGGUUAACUGUCUGGUGGGAAGAAUCUUCUGGGACUUUCUCUGGGAGAAAUACUGGGCCGAUCAGGUGGCGCACAAAAUCCAGAAGAAACUCAGCAAGAUCAAGCUGCCGUACUUCAUGAAUGAGCUGACUCUAGCUGAUCUGGACAUGGGCACCUGCCUACCUCACAUCCUUAGCACAUCUAAACCUACGCUGGACUCCAGAGGUCUGUGGCUACAGCUGGAGUUGGUGUACACCGGCUGCCUUCAGAUGACCCUAGAGACAAAGAUGAACCUGUGUAAGCUGGGUAAAGAGGGAGAGGAUGAGGCUCACAGUGUACCAGAGACCCAGAAAGUGGGCUCUAAGAUGAAGCUGUGUAUACUGGCUGAUAGUGAUGAAGAGUCAUCCAGCGCAGGGUCAUCUGAUGAAGAGGAGGUCCCUCCAUCUGAGCUACACGGAUGCGUGGGAGACAAGAGUCCUGUAAUGGCGGCUGACGGGCACGCAGGUGGCAGGACAAGCAGGAAAAUCUUGAGAUUCGUGGACAAGAUAGCAAAGUCCAAAUACUUCCAGAAAGCCACAGAGAAUGAGUACAUAAGAAAGAAGAUAUCUGAGGUUUCCAACAUGCCCCUGAUGCUGAGCGUUGAGGUCCUGGAGCUUUCUGGGACGCUGGCCAUCAACAUCCCUCCUCCUCCUACUGAUAGGAUAUGGUACAGUUUCCGGGUGCCUCCCAGGUUGGACCUUCAUGUGCGUCCCAUGCUGGGGGAGAGGGAGGUCACCUUCACUCAUGUAACUGAGUGGAUUGAGAAAAAACUGCAGUGUGAGUUCCAGAAAGUGUUUGUCAUGCCCAACAUGGAUGAUCUUUAUCUGCCCCUCAUGACAUCUGGACUGGACAACCCACCCGCAUCCCACCAUUCCUCAAUCCAUUCCUCAUCCCAGCAAUCGUCCAUGGAGUCUCAGGAGUACCUGUCAGAGUAGGCGCGGCUGAUGCCUCAGAUGCUGAGGCAAAAUUGCUGAUGUUCAGCUAUUAUCCUGAAUCUCUAAUGGAUUCAGAGGCUGCUGCAGCUGGGUCCCAGCUUGAGUGGGUUCUCUGUUACCAGUGCAGGACAAACGUCUCCUGAAGCCUCGCUGAGCUCAGCAGUGACCUCCUGACUGUGAGAAUGAUGCUGCAGUGCCCCCUACUGUGAAGUUCAUUACUGACAAGAGAAAUGUUUUUUACAAUGCUGACAACUGCUAACUGCACAAAAUUAAAGGGUUAUUGAUGUAUUUUUAAAAGGGAAUGCUGUUUGAGCCAACUAUCAUCCAUCCGUCCAUCCAUCCAGGAAAGAAUAAAAUUUGAUGAAAACUUU